AUUGGUAUUCUCUCAACAGCUCCUUGUAACCACGUUAUGUGAAGUACCCAACCAGCUAAACGCAGCAAGCAAAAAAAAGGCUUCCGCAAUUACAGGUAAUUUGCGACACGCCUACAGAUGUUAAGAGAACUGCACGAAGGUUAGACAGUUAAAAGGAGACAAUGGAUUGGGGAGCUCUGCAUACCAUUUUGGGAGGUGUGAAUAAACACUCCACCAGCAUCGGCAAGAUCUGGCUCACAGUCCUGUUCAUCUUCCGUAUCAUGAUCCUUGUGGUGGCUGCAGAGAGAGUCUGGGGAGAUGAACAAGAUGACUUUGUCUGCAACACUCUGCAACCUGGUUGUAAGAAUGUUUGCUAUGAUCACUUUUUCCCCAUCUCUCACAUCAGACUCUGGGCCCUGCAGCUGAUCUUUGUUUCCACACCUGCGUUGCUGGUGGCCAUGCAUGUAGCUUACAGGAGGCACGAGAAGAAGAGGCAGUUCAGAAAAGGAGACCAGAAAUGCGAGUACAAGGACAUUGAAGAAAUCAGAAAACAGAGGUUUCACAUUGAGGGCUCCUUGUGGUGGACAUACACAAGCAGCAUCUUCUUCAGACUGGUCUUUGAGGCGGUCUUCAUGUAUGCGUUUUAUUUCAUGUACGACGGGUUCCGAAUGCCUCGCUUAAUGAAGUGUAAUGCUUGGCCCUGCCCAAACACAGUAGACUGCUUUGUUUCUCGACCUACUGAAAAGACAGUGUUUACUAUUUUCAUGAUUGCUGUGUCCAGCAUUUGCAUUCUUUUAAAUGUGGCUGAGUUGUGUUAUUUACUGACAAAAUUUUUCCUCAGAAGAUCUAAAAAAGCUGCCAAUCAAAAACAGCACCCCAACCAUGAGAAUAAGGAAGAAACAAAACAAAAUGAAAUGAAUGAGUUAAUAUCUGAUAGCUGUCAGAACACAGUUAUAGGAUUUUCAAGUAGUUAAGAUGGUGUCAGUGCUGGAGUUCACUCUUUUUGGAGUGAAGGUUCUUCAAAUAAAGGCUGCAAGUGAAAUUUGAUAGAUGAAAUAAUUUCAAGUCGGGGGACACUUUGAUGCAUAGUGUCAGAUGUCAAUUAUGCAUGCCUGCAAAAAGCCAGGGCAGCCUAAACAUGAAAACUCUGUGAGGAUUAAAUAGGAAGGUUUAUCUUCCUAUGAGUACCCUUACAAGCUGACUGUGACUAGUGGGAAACCCAUUCAUACCUUCAUGCAGACACAGCUCCUGAAAACUACAUGCAACAGCAAUAAGAACAAAUUUCUAAGCUAGAUAUUCUAGUUGUAUACCAGAUGUUUUGUAGUAGUGAUAGUUUUCACUUGUGAACUGACAAUUAAAAUAUUUUUCUAAAAUCUAAGAUUCCAUGUUACUUAUGGUGUUACAUAGUACACAACUGACUGUUUUUUGUUUUCCUUAACCAGCUGGACGCAGAUGAAUCCUCUACUCCCAUAUUCAUAAGGAGGGAACAGUGAUAGGCUGCAGCUUCACAGCUUUGCAAGUACUGCUUGAGACAGUUGCAUAGAUGCUGCUGGCUGUAGGGAAAGCUGUGUGAAAGGCCACCACAUUACAUGUGUGGGUAAUAGAGGUAGCUAGUUUCUGAGUGCAAAGUCAUGCCUAAAACCCGCAUGACAAUGUAGUUACAGCCUAAGUAGACUUGCUUUAAACACCUAGCAGACCUGGUAAGCUUACCAAUCUUUUAACUGCAUACUACAAGUUUUAUGGCAACAUACAUAACUUCCUGUGAAUGUUCAUCUCUUAAUGUAUUAGCUGUAUUUGUUUCUUUAUGCUAUAUCACAUCAUGGAACUUACCUGCUUUUGAUUUGUUUGCUUCUUUUUUUUUUUCAAUGGUAGACUGAUGGUGCUGUCAUGAAACUAGGGGCUCUUUGGUUUGAAGGACAUGGAAAAGUAUCACUGGAAACAGAACAAGUCUUCUGAAUAAAAGGCAAACACUUUAACCUUU